AGCCCAGGGACCUGUGUGGGGCUGGUUGGGUGCUGUUGUGGUGCAUCCAAAUGCAAAUGCUUCCCGGAUGACAAAAAAGCCAGGGAAGGAGAGCAGAGUGUGCCUGGAGCAGGAAUCAUCCCCGUGAUUCCUCUGGUACCGAGCCAGAGCAGCGCUGUCCCUGGGGAUGAAGGUAAAGCAAUGUGGCAAAAAGUGAGUUCUCCCCUAGUUCCCGCUGAGUUCCCCAUGUGUUGCAAGUGUGUUUUGUUCUCAGCAGCCCCUGGAAGCCCCGGGAACCCCUUGGAGCAGCUGCGGGCUGGCAGAGGGGCUGAGCACUGGGGACAGGGCUGUCACACACUGUCCUGCUGGGCAGGGGAGAGCCCAGGUGACCUUCAGAGGUGACUGCUCCUCUUAAUGGCUUGGAAUCUGAUUAUACCAUUUCGCUAAGAAAUGUGCUUGGCACGUUCUUCUGCAUUAAAUACCAUUUAGGGACAGUUAUCCUGAACUCUGCCUGCCGCUUAGGAAAAAGCCUUUGAAAAUGAUAUUAUGGAUCAAAAGUGUUCCUGGGGUAAUUCCGUUUCAAACAGUGGAGUUAAUCCAGAACUGAAUUUGGCCCUGCAUUUUCAAACGAGAAGCAGUAGCUGUAUAAUCUGUUUAUGGUUUUAAAGUGAAUGUUAAUCUUGGAUUUGGUGGCUUUUCCAAAGGGUCGAUUUGCCGUGCUGCAGAGCAUUUUAGCCCCCUGCCCUGACACUCUGUGAGCCGACUCCAUGUUUCAUUUUAGAGAGUGAUUUUCCUGUGUUUAUAAAUACAUGUCAAACCUGGAAACGUUCAAUCUGGGCAGCCCUCAGCAGUGGAAGUGAUGCCAUUUUUCUUGCCUUGCAUUUUGUUGGUACAGCUCCUGGCACGGCACAUCCACGCUCAAGGGAUGGCUCAGUCCCAGCAGGAUGUGGCGGGAUGUGGCGGGAUGGGAACCAAAUGUCCCCUGCUGGCACGGGGGGGACCCUCUGGGCGCUGUCCCGUGGGUGACUGUGGUGACUCUGCCCGUGUCCCCUCCGCAGGUGGGAGGAUGCAGCCGCGCGCCGGGGGCUGAGGCGCGGAGCCGCCGGCCGCGGGGAGCGGGACCCCCGGCGCCCACCCAUGGUCCCGGCUGGCAGCCCCCCGUGAGGAGGGGCCCGGGCACCGCGCCGAGCCCCCGCCGCCGCCCCGCCAUGACCAGCCUGUUCCGCCGCAGCAGCAGCAGCAACGGCGGCUCCUCCGCCCAGGAGCUCAACAACAGCCGCCCCGCCAGGCAGGUGCGGCGCCUGGAGUUCAACCAGGCCAUGGAGGACUUCAAGACCAUGUUCCCCAGCAUGGACUACGACAUCAUCGAGUGCGUCCUGAGAGCCAACAACGGCGCCGUGGACGCCACCAUCGACCAGCUGCUGCAGAUGAACCUGGACGGCAGCGGCUGUGACGACAGCUCGGACUCGGAGGACAGCAUCCCCCCCGAGAUCUUGGAGCGGACCCUGGAGCCGGACAGCUCGGACGAGGAGCCCCCUCCCGUGUACUCCCCUCCUGCCUACGAGAGCCAGGCCCCCCCCCCCCCCCCCCCCCCCCCCCCCCCCCCCCCCCCCCCCAGGACGGAUGUGCCCGGCCCUGGCAGCACUGGGCACUACAGGAACUGGAACCCGCCGCUCCUGGGCAACCUCCCCGAGGAUUUCCUGCGCAUCCUGCCCCAGCAGACAGCCAGCACACAGGGCUCGCAGGGCUGCCGGCAGCCCGUGCCGCGGGGGCUGGUCCCGCGGGGGCCGGGCUCCCUGGAGCAGGAGCGGCGCUGGAAGCAGUACCUGGAGGACGAGCGCAUCGCCCUCUUCCUGCAGAACGAGGAGUUCAUGAAGGAGCUCCAGAGGAACCGGGAUUUCCUUCUCGCCCUGGAGAGAGAUCGAUUGAAAUAUGAGUCAAAAAAAUCCAAGUCGACCAGUGUUGCUGUCAGCAAUGACUUUGGUUUCUCCUCCGUGCUAUCAGGUGACGUGGCUCCCUCUGUCCCCAGCGAGGCCGGCGGGGCCGUGUCCGACGAUGCCUUAUUCCGAGACAAACUCAAACACAUGGGGAAAUCCACACGCAAGAAGCUGUUUGAACUCGCCAGAGCCUUCUCCGAGAAGACAAAGAUGAGGAAAUCAAAAAGAAAACACUUGUUGAAGCACCAGGUGAUGGGGACAGCGGCUUCCACGGCAAAUCUUCUCGAUGACGUGGAAGGACAUGCAUAUGAUGAAGAUUUCCAAGCACGGCGGCAGCAGCUGCGGGAGGAGGAGGAGACGCCGAAGGAAGGGCAGUAAACGGUCCCUGCACUGGGGUUUCUUGCUGGCACAGGACGUGCACGAGGCUCCAUCAGGAGAUGGCUGAAAAAGGAGAAACCCACCCAACAAAUCACCCAGAUUUUGGCUGUUCCCCCUCUGCUGCUGUACUCCUCUGAAGUACAAGUAUCGAAGUGAGGCACAAUGUUUUCUUACCGGUGGUUUGAAAACAACUUUUCCUAUCCAGAAAAUCAGCCAAAAAGGAAAAAACAAAAAGGAAAGAACAAAAGUGGGCAGCUGCUGCGAGCGGAGCCAGCGAGCUCAGGCUGGGGAGGAGCAGCCCCACCUGAGGAGGAGGGAUGAUUCAGUGGUACUAACGAGGAUCCAUUCACACGUGGGGUCUGCUUGGCCAGAGCACUCCUGAACAUAUCUGUAGUGGUCUGAUGUAACUUCACUCUGCGCACACCGGGACAAAAACCACGUGAGAAAGGGAAGCUAACAGCCGUUGUCUAUUAUUGCUAGGAGUAAUGAGCAGAGAUUCAGAUCAGGUAAUAGUCAAGUAAUAUAAAUUGUUUAUAAAGGAAAGGCCUUCUUUUCCUAGGCAUUUCACUUUGAAUUAAACCUUUGCCUUCAGCAUUGCUACAACUGCCUUGAAGUUGGGAAGCUUUGUGCUGCUGCAGGGCAGCACCAAGGGCUGGAUUUCACACCGGUUUAACCCUCACUGAUGGAGCAGGACACAUCCCAGCAGGUGUGUGGGGUGCUGGGGGUGGUCCUGGAGUCUGGGAGCUCCAGGGAUGCCCCCGCUGUAGGUAAGAGGCAAAGCCCAAGCCAGGGCUUGGCAGGGCUGGGGAGUUUGUACCAGGGCUUGGGGGCACUGCCCUUGGGGGUUUGGUGAGGGGCAGGAGCAGAGCCCCUUCCUCGUGCCCACAGCACCGGAAUCCUGCAGCUCUCGGAGAUGCUGUCAGGCUAAAAAUAAUUACACAAACAAAUUCCUUCGCUGUGUAAGUAACGAGUGACGAGCGUGAAGUCAGAAUUCGCUCCCGCCAGCACAUUUUCUUCUCUUCUCUCGGCACAGCGCUCCCUGCCAAAUGCAGGAGGUGCCUCUAGACGCGCCUGUUCCACUCUCUGGCUCCCGCCAAGCAGCACAAAUGUUGCAGGAUUGGAGCUGUGAAGGCGGCAGACGCAGAAGCCUCAGCCAUCAAACACUCCCGCAAGUGUUUGCCCUGCCUCUCCCAGCAGGGUUUGGUAACAAAAGUCCCCGUGUCAGGCGCUGCCUCCCGGCAGGCUCCUCUCCAAUCCCAGCGGAGCCCCAGUGCCUUUGAAGCGGGCGCCAAGAUUUCCUCCCCCGCCAGCACUGCAGCUGCUGCACCUGUUGAGCGCUGCUGUGGUCCCCUCCAGCCAUGGUGGGGAUCGGGGGCAUCCCCUGAGCUUCACUUUCUCCUGGUUCCUGGCCAGGGCUCCCCGGUGUCUGGGGCUGCAGGCCCUGCCUGGUGUCUCCGUAGCACGCAGCUCUCCCGCAGCACCAGCGCUCAGACAAGUUCUGGGGUGCCAGGGCAGGAUGCAGCGGGCUGGGAGCACCCUGGGGUGCCAGCGAGCUUUGAGUUCCUAAAAUCAAAGCAGCAGAAUUCCCACCCCACCCAGCCCAUACCAGUUUUGGUGUCCUCUCCUUUGCUUUUGAAGGGUUGCAGAGCACGUCCUGACUCGUGGCACCACAGUGACAGGUUGGGGUCACCCCAAGCCACAUGCAGCCCUGCUCCUGGUGGUGUGCACGGCUGUCAGGAGGUGCUGCAAGGGCACAGGAUGCCCCAGGCUCUGCCCUGCCCAGGGUAGGAUGUGGGUCUGGAGGAGCACCUGGCUCAGCGAGCAAGGGGUUAAGGGUGAAUCAGGGAACAGAAAAUCCUUUAGUCCCUGGGUGGGACUUCAUUGUGAGAGUGCUGGAGAGAAGGAGGGGCAGCUUCCCUGCCCUGUGCUGGCCCUGGGGGCCAUAGGAGGCUGCUGUUACUCCUUCCCAGUCCCAAGCAGCUCUGCAUAUUUGGAAGAAAAUCAAACUUGGAAGUGGAUCAGCUUGUCACCAUUCCAGCUCCUCUUGGCUACCGAGGGCCUCGGUCCCAGCGAAGUUUCCAUGAGCGCAGGAAGCACCAACGGGUGGGAAGGGAAUUCUGCUCUCCCAGAGCUCGAGGUGCUGGCAGGAGGGCUGGGCUGGCCUCUGCAGCGUUUGGGGACGGGCUGGGGCUGCAGGGAUGGCUUCAGCUUUCCUGGGGAGGCUGGCACAGGGCCACGGGUCAGUCCUGUGCACUGCUGGCCCCAGCAGCAUCCAGGGCGAAGGGGGGACACUGUCCCUCCCCUCAGGCUGCUCCUGAAGUGACAUGUCGCCUCUGGAACCCAGCCAAGCCGUGCUGGAGGAGCCAACAAGGAAGGGUGGCCAGGGGCUGUGAAUUGGGACAAGGGACAGGUGGGUACCAAAAGCACAGUGGCCACCACAGGGCCCUGGGCACGGCUUGGCCACCACCACCACCCAACAAGAUGCCCUUAAACAUCCCAGGCCAGGCACAGCCUCUGGGUGAUGUCACUCUGCAGCCCUGUCAAAACGCCUUGGAGGCACAAAGCAUCAUUUUAAUGGAGAUGGAGAGGGGUUGUUUCUGUGUCCUGUAAAAAACAGAAAGUCAGGUCUAAGGAGUGGAAAGGCCACAAACCCUGCUUGGGAGCCAAAAUGCAUUUCUUACAUAAAAAUGUACAAUUCUCAGUGAUGUUUGUAUCAUUUCUCUACAAAGGGGUUUCAAAAGAACAAAAACAAACUGAUCUGUGAUGUUUGUGAGUGUGGCUAUUUUAGAAUUUAUUUCCAUAAGUGAUUUUUUUCUUAA